AGAGAAACAGGAAGCAUAGCCUCAGUGUUGAUCUGAAAUGUGUCAGUAUAUUUCCAGCAAAUUUCUUCAUUUUUGUCCAGCCCACUUCCUCCUUCCUCUAUCUGUGCUAUACUUUAAGCAAAGACCUCACGCCACUCCAAGUUACAGAGAUACUGCAACGCAAGUCUGAGAAAGGACAGCAAUUGAAAAAACACUUUUAUUAGGAAUGUUUUUCCUGAAAUUCUUCAUCUUAUCCCUAAUGCUCUCUGUCGCUGUGGGUGCAAAUGACCCAAUCCUUCUCCAGUCUCCGAGUGUGAAAUGUGUCACCAAGGGUCACACUGCCCGGUUACAGUGCACCAUGAAGAAUGCCACAGUGAAAGACACAGAAGUUCACUGGUAUCUGAAACAACCAGGGAAUAACAAGAAGUUGGUUUUAAAACAUGACACGAGGAACAACACACAACAGAGCUCAGGAUUCACUAAGCGAUUCCAGUCUUCCAGACACACCUACAGUAACAGCUUCAUUCUAACCAUCACAAACAUGCAGCCCAGUGACAGUGGUCUCUAUUUCUGUGAAAUUUGGAGAGAUAUCAGAGGGAAUGGAACCCAGCUGACUGUAACAGAUUCAAAUCCCCCAGUCCUUCUCCAGUCUCAGAGCCUGGAAAGUGUCACCGAGGGUCACACUGCCCGGUUACAGUGCACCAUGAGGAACGCCGCAGUAACACAUACAGAAGUUUAUUGGGUGCGGGAGCAAGCAGGGAAUAGUAUGGACUGGGUUUUAACACAUGAUGUGAUGAACAUAGCACAUCGGACGUCAGGAUUCCCUGAGCGAUUCCUGUUUUCCAGAGACUCUUCCAGUAACAGCUUCAUUCUGACCAUCACAAACGUGCAGCCCAAUGAUACUGGGGUUUAUCACUGUGAAGUAUGUGGAAAUAUCAGUGGGACAGGAAUCCAGCUAUGUGUAACAGAAAUAACUCACCUUUGGAAGACAAAACUUGUGUGGUUCAUUCUGGGAGCUCUGUUUGGAAUUAGUGGAUUAAUUUUAUUCAUUGGAUACACAUGUCUGAGAAAAAAGCAGUCCUCUACAUCACAAUCCGGAACAGCUGAUGAUCCGGACACAACUGCAGGCUACGAAAAUGUGAGAACGCCACAGAACUCACAAAAUUUUCCAGAAGAUUCCAAUGCUACGUACACGACACUACAGCCAAUGGAUCAAUCUGUUUACAGCAACCUUAAAGAAACAGACAAGAAAUAAACAGCUGACAGAUGAACCGCUGAACAAAUCUUUCCUGAGGGAUGAAGACACCAAAUGGAUAUUUUGAUCAAGAAAGAUCAUUGGACCAAACAAGUCUGUUCUCCAUCUUCUUUCCCAAUCCCCUCUCCUGUUCCAGAAGCUGAUCUGAUAUGCUGCUGCCCCCAGUUUGUCUGUUCACAUCAGCACCUCUCAUUCGUUACACGUUCCACAACUAGAUCCAUCUUUGAGUAGCUUUCAUUGAUUCUUUCCUGAAAUGUGGGUCUCAUUGGCAAGGCUAGCAUUUGUUCCCAAUCCCUAACUGCCCUUGAGCUGAUUGCUACUUUGGGCCAUUUCAGGGGACAGUUAAGAGUCAGAUAUAUUACUGUGGGUCUGGAGUCACAUGUAGGCCAGAGCAGAUAAGGAUAGGGACCUACAUGGGAUUUUACAAUCCUCAGUGAUAGUUUCAUUGUCACCAUCACUGAGGCCUGCUUUAUACUUAACUUUUAACCAAGUUCCCAGAUGAUUAGCCAGUGUUUCUUGAUUAUUCAUCCAGUGACAAUUCUGCCUGACCACAAUCUCAGAAUGAACAUUACCUAGUGGGAUUCAGACCGACUUUAAUCGUUCCCACUUCACCGUCUUCUGUUCCUCUUAGUUUUUCAUCAAUUUCCUUUGAGACCCACCUUCACCAUCGUAAGAAGUUUAAUUUGAUCAAAGUGAAUUAUUCUGCAUUGCUUCCACAAUCCCCCUCCUCUCAUUCCUUGCUCCUUCCCUCACUCACUGCCCCUAAUCUCACUUACCCCUCCCUCCUUACUCACUCACAUCCCUCCCCACUCAGUGCACAUUCACCCAUUCCCUGACCCCUCCCUCACUCCCUGAUGCCCCUCACUGUCCCUCCUCCUCCCUCAUUAAUUCUUCUCUCCUUCCAUCGAUGAUCUGAGGGAUACCUCACUCUCUCUCUCUCUCUGUGAUGAAAGAACCGCCCUCUGGGACUUUGAUGAUGUUACCUUUUACCUUGACUGUAUGAAGCACAGCUUUCCCCAGUGUAAACCUCCAAAUUGCAGUUUUGGAUUGUGCUGUGCUGGACUGAAGGACACAAACUGUAAUACUGAAACCAAUUUCUAGCUGUGUUUUUGAUGAGUCAGCACAAGGUUUGGAUGUACUGCAUCACACUCACUGGGAUUGAGUUAUUUGCUGGUAAACUAUUUUCACUGAGUUAUUGUAAAUGAUUUGGCCACAGUAACAUGACAUCAAGAUAAAAUUGGAAGCACUGGAUACUGCAAACGUAGUGUCCAGUUAUAGUAUUGAGCCUUUGUGUUCCAGAACUUUCCACACCCACAGCCAAGCUGUUCCAGUACAAUUACAACACUGGUAUCUACCCAACUGUAUGGCAAAUUGCCCAGGUACGUCCAGUACAUAAAAAGCAGAACAAAUCCAAACCAGCUCAUGACCGCCCCAUAAGUCUACUCUCCAUCAUCAGUAAAGUGAUGGAAGGUAUCAUAAACAGUGCUAUCAAGCAGCACCUCUUCAGCAAUAACCUGCUCAGUGACACCUAGUUUGGGUUCCACCAGGGUCACUCAGGUCCUGACCUCCUGGCCUUUAUUCAAACAUGGACAAAAGAACUGAAUUCCAGAGGGGAGGUGAGAGUGACAGCCCUUGACAUCAAGGCCGCAUU